AUGUCUGGACGUGGUAAAAGCGGUGGAAAAGGCCUCGGAAAGGGCGGUGCUAAACGUCACCGUAAGAUUCUACGAGACAACAUUCAAGGUAUCACCAAACCUGCUAUCCGAAGAUUGGCUCGUCGAGGUGGUGUCAAGCGUAUCUCUGGCCUGAUUUACGAGGAGACCCGAGGUGUUCUAAAGAUUUUCCUUGAAAACGUCAUCCGGGAUUCGGUCACCUACACUGAACACGCCAAACGGAAAACAGUCACCUCUCUCGAUGUUGUCUACGCUCUUAAACGACAGGGCCGAACACUUUACGGUUUCGGCGCCUAG